AUGGCGACGCCCACCUCCGUGGCCUCUUCCGCCUCGCGGGACAUGGUCCAGCGCAUCCACCGCGUCACAAGAGAGAACCGACACCUCUGGUACCAGUUGACCGUUCUGCAGCAGCCGGAGCGUGCUCGCGCAUGUGGCUCGGGCAUGAAAGCUAACAGCGACCGACGACCUGUUGACCCGCCGCCUGUUGUUGAGCUUCGCAUCAUUGAGGGUCCCUCCGUCGAGGAGGGCAAGGACAUCACCUUCGACUACAACGCCAAUUUCUUCCUCUAUGCCAGUCUGGAGCAGGCUCGCCCCAUGGCUCACGGCCGUGUCCAGAAUGGAGCCACCAACAACCCUCCCAUCCUGACUGGUGUCCCGGCAUCUGGCAUGGCUUACCUCGACCGACCAACCGAGGCCGGAUACUUCAUCUUCCCCGACCUGUCUGUCCGCCACGAAGGCUACUUCCGUCUUUCCUUCAGCUUGUACGAGACGACCAAGGAGUCCAAGGAUUUCGACAUGGAGCCCGUCGACUCGGACCUCCCCGCCGGAGUGGACUGGAGAAUGGAGAUCAAGACGCAACCCUUCAACGUCUUCAGUGCCAAGAAGUUCCCCGGACUCAUGGAGAGCACUUCCCUCAGCAAGACGGUUGCUGACCAGGGAUGCCGAGUUCGCAUCCGCCGUGACGUUCGUAUGAGGAAGCGUGACGGCAAGGGCAGCAGCGGCUACGACCGACGCGAGGAGGAGUAUGCUCGUCGCCGGACCGUGACGCCAGCUCCCGCCGAGGAUCCCAUGCGGGCCAGGUCUGCCAGUAACGCGAGUGAGCACCGCGCGCCGUACAUGCCGCAGGAUUCACAACGCAGACCGUCUGCUGCCGAGAGCUACCAUGCUCCUUCACUGCCUCCGCCUCCUCCCCCGGCCUACGAUGCACCUCCCCCCGCUGCUCGGCCUGGACACCUCGUAUUCGGCGACCAACACAUGCCGCCAUAUGGCGCGCCCGCUCCCCCUCGAUCAUAUGCCCACCCGCAGGGCGCACCGAUACCCCCUGUGACGCCUACCGGGCCGUACCCAACGUCGUCUGCGCCAUCUCCGUAUGCCAAGCCGGACUCGCAAUCGUACAACUAUCCUCCCCGACACUCAAUGCCCAGCCCGUCCCCGGCACCGCCAACAAGGCACUCUGGUUAUGACAGUCGGCCUUCUGAUCCCUACCCUCAGUCGCCUUCCGCAUAUCCAUCAACCGAGAGACGACCAUCGUUUGUUUCCUACCCGUCACCUGCGCCCGUGACGCCCUACUCUGCGCCCCCUCCUCCUCCAUCAGCAGCGCCAUACUCUGCUUCUCACCACUCGGCUCCUUACUCUACUCUGCCUCCUCCGCCCAGGCGACAGAUGUCAAGCCAGUCAUCUUUGGCCCCUCUCAAGAUUGCUUCCCUGGUGUCUCCCCUGCCACCCAUUGAGGCCCAAACUGAGCCCCUUCCUCCUCCACCGAUGCUGCCAACGGGCGGCAAGAGAAAACACGACCACGUCUUUUCUCAAAGCUCCAAGGCGCUGCACAACGGCCAGCGCCAGCUCGAUGCGCACUUUGGCCACGGAUACCGCGGGCUCACCCCCGAGCCGGACCAGGGCCUCUACUCUCGAGCAGAUGGCCAAAUCGGUGUCGUCACUUUCAACCAAUACCAAGUAUAA